UGCGCAACACGCGCGGAGCCAGCCUCCCCAGGACUAUAAAAACCCUCAGUCACCAUCCAAGGGACACGGAGGAAGCUCAACCUCUCAGGUGUAUCUGUCUGUCUAACAACCAUGAAGGCUGUAGCACUCAUCCUUGCUCUGGCAGUCAUCACUGGCUGCAAUGCCCGUGCUAUUCGCCAAGCUGAAGCAACCAAAAACCCCUGGGAGGAAACUGUGGACCGCUUCUGGCAGUACAUCGCAGAGCUGGGCCAAAAUGCUGAUGGAGUUGUGCAGAACCUCAAGGACUCUCAGCUCAGCAGGGAGUUAGACACUCUGAUCACCGCCACCAUGGCAGAGCUGGAAACAUACAAAGAUAACAUCCAGACCAAGCUGGUCCCCUACACUGAGACCUCCACUGCCCAGCUGUCUCAAGACAUUCAGCUUCUGAUCAACAGACUGCAGAAGGACAUGCUGGAUGCCAAAGAGCGUGGUACUGAGUAUCACCGUGAGCUCCAGGCAAUGGUGGACCAUAACACUGGUGAUAUCCACGGCCGCCUCAAUACCUUCAUCCAUAAGCUGCAGAAGCGCCUGAAUAAGGACACUGAGGAGAUUCGCAACACUGUGACCACCUACAUGAGUGAGAUCCAGUCCCGUGCUGCUCAGAACCUGGAUACAGUGAAGGAGCAUGUUGAGCCCUAUGUCCAGCAGGCCAGUGACAAUACCAAUAAGAAGCUGAGUGACAUCUCUGCUGUCCUGAAGAGUCAGGCAGAGGGCUUGGGUCAGCAGCUGGAGACCCAGGCUGAGGGCAUCAAGACUCAGCUGGAGGCCACUGCCCAGGAACUGCGCACCUCCCUUGAGGGGAAGAUUGAAGAGCUGACAGAAUUGCUCUCCCCCUACGCCACCAAGAUCCGUGAGCAGUUUGAGGAGAUUGCAGACAGGGUGAAGGAGUCUACCACUGCAUAAAGAGAGACUCUAAAGGUGGUAGAUGGUUGGUGGAAUGGCUACACUGCUGAUUUAUUUACACCCAGGUAAAAUGAGAAAAGGGGAAAGUCAGGAGUUGCUGAUCUCUACACUAAGUGUUCUAGUGUUCAGGAUAUGGGGGUUGACUAGAGAAACAAGGGAGGAUAAGGUGCAGAACAGUCAGCAGGUGUGUUCUUUCUUCUGCACAGUCACCCUUUCUUAUUCUCUUAUUGGCUCCCUUGAUCAGUGAACACAAGCACCACAGUCGAUAACAACCUUUAUUAUGCAAACAGAAGACAAUUAUUUGAAAUAGCCUUUGCCUUUCUACUUUGAAUUCACUGAUUUAUCAGUCUAUCC